AGACCAAAAAACUUAACCUACGCCUGGAACAUAACUUCUAUACCCGAUCAUUCUCUCAAAGAUAACACAUAGCCGACGCCCACCCCACCUCUGCUCGAUCCCUCGCCGUUGCCGGUGCCGCUGCUGCUGCUCCUCCUCAGUCACGCCGCUGCCCUUCCUCCUCAAUCACGCUGGUCGAGUCUCGCCGCUUUGCUACGCCUCCGUCGCCGCUGCUCUCUCUCUUUGCUUCUGUCUCCUCCUACGCAGGUACAAGGUAGACAAAGAUGAAAUUGAAUGUGGAUGUUUUAAGAUAUCUCUCGAAAGAUGAUUUUAGGGUUCUCACUGCUGUUGAGAUGGGCAUGAGGAAUCAUGAAAUUGUACCUACAGAGCUCAUUGACCGUAUUGCUUCUCUCAAACAUGGAGGUACAUACAAGGUUUUAAAAAACUUGCUCAAGCAUAAGCUUCUGCACCAUGACUCCUCCAAAUAUGAUGGGUUCCGUCUCACCUACCUUGGCUAUGAUUUCCUUGCAAUUAAAACAAUGGUCAAUCGUGGAGUAUUUGCUGCUGUCGGUCGUCAAAUUGGAGUUGGAAAGGAGUCUGACAUAUUUGAGGUUGCGACUGAGGAUGGCACAGUAUUGGCAAUGAAGUUGCAUAGACUUGGUAGAAUUUCUUUCAGGGCUGUCAAGUCUAAGCGUGAUUACUUGAGGCACCGUAGUAGUUACAAUUGGCUCUACUUGUCCCGGCUUGCUGGACUAAAAGAAUUUGCGUUUAUGAAGGCUUUGGAAGAACAUGGGUUUCCUGUUCCGAAAGCUGUGGACUGUAAUAGGCAUUGUGUGGUUAUGUCACUUGUUCAGGGUUAUCCGCUUGUGCAGGUGAAGCAAUUGCAGAAUCCAGAAACAGUUUUUGAAACAAUACUUGGUCUUGUUGUUCGUCUUGCAGAACAUGGUCUCAUUCAUUGUGAUUUCAAUGAAUUUAACAUUAUGAUUGAUGAUGAUGAGAAGGUCACCAUGAUUGAUUUCCCACAGAUGGUAUCUGUAUCACAUCGAAAUGCUCAAAUGUAUUUUGACCGUGAUGUUGAGUGCAUCUUUAAGUUUUUUGGCAAGAGAUUUAAUCUGUCCUUCAAAGAAGACACUGAUGAAAAUGAUGGUUUGGAGGUAGAUUCAGAUGAAAAUGGAAGACCUACCUUUUCUUCCAUAUCAAAAUCAGCUGGUUUUCUUGACAGAGAACUUGCUGCCAGUGGAUUUUCAAGGAAAGAUCAGGAUGACAUUGAGAAAUUCAUUGAAGGUGGGAUUGAGAAGGAUAGAAACUCUGAUUCUGAAGGAACUGAAGAUGAGGAAAAUGAAUCCGAGUCAAAUGAAACAAUCAACAGGACUUUAGAUACUUUGCACUUGCUAGAGAAGGAGGAACACUCUUCAAACUCUGUUGAAGAUGGAAAAGUAGAUGAGAAUCAACAGAGCUGUGAAACAAGUCAAAACAUUGGGUCUGAAUCAGAAGAAGCGAGCGACAAGGAAGAAGAAAGUCGGACUCUAGAUACAGGUGACGACGCAGAAUUGGUCAAGCGUCUUAACAAGCAGAGAAGACGUGCCAUAGCAUCAGCUCGAGGGGGUCGAAGGAGUCUUGCCUCCAGAAAUUCUUACAAGGACAAGGGUGGUAAAUCCUCUCAUAAUUCAAAACUUAAGAAACAGUUGAGCAACUGGUAAAUCGUAAAAAAGUUGUACGAUGAAUUCUCAGAUGGAGCUUCUAUUCUAGUCGUUUGUGGUAAUGUUCUACUCUAGGAUGAGGUAUUCUAACUUCAAUGAAAUGGGCAUCAAGGAAAGCUGACAGCACGAUUAGGAUUUUCAGUCCAGUUUUUGUCCCUAGAUGAUGAAAGAGUUGUAUGCUUGUUUUGUUCAUAGCAAUAGAUAGAUUUUGUCCCUAUAAGAUAAAUGAGUUAUAUGCAUGUUUUGUUUGUGGCAAUAGAUUAUGAGAAGUUUGUGAUACAAAAAUAGAAAAUUUCAGAUCAUUCAUUUCAUUUAAUUGCAAGAUCUUUUGCUUUUUGUUCUUGAA